AUGUCUCCCACCAAUGGUCCGUUUAUGGACGAGCGCGUAAAAACACUGAACAGGCUGGCCUGCAAGGUGCUGCUGCACACCAAGGAAAUGGUCGAUUACGUAGAGGGGAGCGACGUAGCCGAGGGGCACAAUUUAGAGUUCUUGGAAAGCGUCACCAAAGCGACAAGCAUGGCACUGAGCAAGUUGUCGAAAGGCCGAGAGUGUGACGGAGAGGAUGAUGGGUUGUGGGGUGUUAUUCGAGAGCGAGUCAUCGAGAUGGCGCGUGAGGGAGAGAGCGUUCAGUCGGGGAAUCAGGGCAAGCGAGCGUCAGAAGAGAACGGUGGUAAAAGCAAAAAGAAAAGAAAAAAUGACAAAGGCAAGGCCGACAAGCUGACGGCGAGGUGGGAGUCGAUUGGAAGAUUGGUGUACGGAGAGGCUAAGCACACGCUGUCAGACCUACUGGCAGUUGUCAACAACACAAUCGUGGCUUCGUAUGGCACACAUCGGGAGGAAGAGGAUGCAGCUAUCGCCAGGUUGAGCAGGGGAUACAGUCGGUUCAGUCUAGAAGAGAUUACAAGAAAGCUCCAAACUUCGACUCAACGAUCGGCAGAUUGGAGGCAGCAAAUAGAAUGGGACAAGGACGUUGACGGAGCUGCGGGAACAGGAAAUAGGAUAGAGAAGAGAGAGAAGCGUUCGCAGUAUCUCAUCCGAGUAAACAAUGCGCUUGCUCCGACUCACAUGAUCAAUACCAUUCUCGAUACAAUGGUGCAGAUAAAACUGGCCGCCGACUGGGCGAAGAAGGAUGCCAGUUGGAUAAAGCAGUACAACAACAGAAUGUUUGAGUUGAGAUGCGCGGAGGAAGUGAAGAGUGCCAAGGGGCUUCUAGGCGAGGGACAAUUCCGCAAGUGGAUGGCGGCGGCGAGGAGGAAAUACGUCGAAAGGGUGAGCAAGGAGAACAGUGCAAGGGUCUGGACGAUGAAGUUAUACCUGGAGUACGGAUCAAUCGUGCUGUUGGAUCCACUGUGGAACCCAACAGCAUUUGGGCGUGGUAAUCGGACACACGACUUUGGAUCUUAUAUGAAUCAUCACUUGCAAACGCCCAUUCUGAAGCGAGCGACUGUUGACGAUAUAUCAAGAUACCCGGGGAAAUUGGUUGACAAGGAAGGAAGCAAGUGGAUACCUUUUCACUACGGGAACAACAAAGAUAACGACUACGUCCUCCUGGAACUCGUGCGGUUCAUGACAGGGGAUGACAUGAUCGUAAUGCAUAUCGAGAAAUUCCUUGCAGGAGACCUGAUGACUACGGAAUAA